AUGAAGAAGAAGGCCCGAAGGAGGCCUCCUCGCUGCGCCGAAUGCCCAAACGCACACACGGGCCGCCUGUCCGCUCUCCUGUCCUCCGCCGGCCGCCGCCCUUCACCGGAGCGCUGUGGCCCCCACGCCGUCCUGCCCGGUCUGCCCCCGCCGCUUCGCACAACCGUGCCCUGCCGCCGUUCCCCGGCCCCUCGGCAGCCCGCCUUCGCGCCGGUCAUUUUUGGCCCCGUCCGCCGGGCUCCUGCCGUCGUGCCACCUGGUACCAGGACCGCCGCCCUGCUACCGCCGGCCAGGCACCGACAUCCGACGCCGAGGGCACGCUGCUCGCCUCCGUUGCCGCUGGACAUGGCAGCUACCAAGCCCGGGGCGGCCGCCAUGGCGCAAUGUCAGGAGGGGUCGGCGGAGGAGCAUCGGCUGCGGGCGGCGCUGCGCCACCUGCAAGCGGAGGCCGGAGUGCUUGAGCGCCUGGUCUACAAGCACCGGAACCAGCACCGCGGUGCCGCCUACUUCCAGUACCUCCUCAAGGUGCGGAGGGACCUGAAGCUGUUGCUUGGUGCCAAUCUUGCAGAGGUCAUCAACGCCGUGUUCCCGGUCAUCACCUGUCGUAAGCCGGCCAACACCAUUCUUGUUCCGAACAGGCAGGGUAAGAGGAAGCCUGGUGCAAACCAUAGCCACUAUAAGAGGCUUUUGGGGGUUGCCCGUUUGCUGUCCCAGAUGGCUGAACCUGUUAUGAAGGGAGCAGUUCAGAUCAGCUUUUUACUUGCUAGAUCUUUCUUCGUAGAACUUUGCACUGCAGUGCUUGCUUUGCUUGCAAGACUGAGGGUCCUGACCCAACAGAUGUUACUUGAUGUUGUAUCAGUAUACAACAAGGUUACUGAUCUUACGGAUAAAAAGCAGGCUGUUAAGAUCAGUAUUGAUAAAGUGCAGGCUUUCAGAGAGUACUACCCCUCGAGCAACGAUCCCAGUACUAUCCUGGAGUGUGUAUGGGUGAAAGAUAAAUUUGUUUUGCAUGAAAAGACCAAAGCUAGCAGUCAGAAAACCCAAGAUGAGGAUAUGAAGUCGUGCACUCCAGAUUCAUCAAUCCAGUAUGAGACCCUUGGACUUGUUAGUGAAGAGAUGGAAGACCUUGAUGGAGCAAACACCCCAGCCAAGCAACAUCAUACUUCUCUGGCUGACCACCCAGAUGAAGCCACCCAUUGCGGCGAUGCUGGAGAUUCUCACAGUGGGAGGCAACUACCAAACGAUCAACACACUCCGGGUUCUCUUCUUGGCACGCCCGCUGCUGCGCCGACUCCACGCAGAGAUGUCAAGCCUGAUACGAGGAAGAGAGUGGCAUUCAUCGCGGUGGGGAAAACAUAA